UUACACCAACAGAUAGAAAAAUGGCCACAUAUUUAAAUAAUAGAGUACCGUUUGAUAUUUGUAUAUUUUAUAUACAGCAGUGUGUCUCUUGAGCUCUUUUGUUGAUUAGAAAUCAUGGAAACUAAAUGCUGAGAGUAUCAUUUCACAUCGGAGACAUAACAUAGUUGGAUCACAACAAACAACUACAGUUCCGUGGGCGAUAUCCCCAACGUUUAACUGCUAUAUUAGCCAAUAUUAUUAUGAAGUGUCCUAUAAUACGUUGAUUUGUAUUAUCUUUAUAUGACAAGUCAUGCAACACGACAAGGAUUCCAAGGCAACAUUUUACACUUGUAGUUGUUUUAGCACUGACAAUAUUUUCCUCGAGGAGUUCAAACUUCAUGUCAGAUUUCUAUCCGAGCACCAGUUUAGAUCUGAUUAUCAAGCGGUGUUAAGAAAUCUUGGCUGCUCCACUGACGCAGAAUUCAAGGACAUCCUGAAAAAGAUUGAGAAAGAAGUUGAAAGGCGCAGGAGCCUUGGUGUGAAGUCAGCUGAGAGAGCUGCAGCCAUUAAGGAGAUUUAUAAACCACUCCAUGACCAUGUCUACCAUCUCCAUGAGUCCUAUAUGGCCCCAGAGUUUAAACAGAUGGUGGAUUAUUGUCGAAGUGAUGAGGCCAGUAAAGAGGGACUGUUGAGUUUAAUGCAGACAGAAGCAGCGGCAAGGGUCUUCCGCUUUCCUGUGUUCAAGAAAAUCUUCUGUGAUGAGCUGAUAGAAGAGAUGGAACACUUUGAACAAUCUAGAUCGCCCAAGGGCAGACCGAAUACCAUGAAUAACUAUGGGAUCCUCCUGAACGAGUUAGGGUUUGACGAAGGCUUCAUCAUCCCUCUCCGUGAGCAGUAUCUGCAGCCUCUCACAUCUCUGCUCUACCAUGACUGUGGGGGAUGCUACCUGGACAGCCACAAGGCCUUCAUGGUGAAAUAUGACAUGCAUGAAGACUUGGACCUCAGCUACCACUACGACAACGCAGAGGUCACUCUCAACGUGUCUCUGGGGAAAGAGUUCACGGAGGGGAAUCUCUACUUCGGUGACAUGAGACAGGUGCCUCUGAGUGAGACAGCAUGUACAGAGGUAGAGCACAAAGUGACGGAGGGUAUCCUCCACAGAGGACAACACAUGCACGGUGCCCUGCCCAUCUCCUCUGGCCAGCGCUGGAACCUCAUCGUCUGGAUGAGAGCCUCACAGGAGAGGAACAAACUGUGCCCCAUGUGCAACAAGAGGCCCACCCUGGUCGAAGGAGAGGGUUUCGCAGACGGCUUCACGAGUGACUUAGGGAUGUCUCUUCUACAGAAUGUAUAAUGUGUCCUGCAUUAACUUAAUGCUGCUGGUCCAUGUGUAUUUGUGUAUGUUAGUGUAACUAUUGUCUGGAUGUUUACUUAUCGUAGAGAUUAUCGCAUGUGCCAAAGAAGAGUUGUGGAGAGGAAACGUGAUAGACACUAGGAACAUAGGGAAGCUCAUCAUUACUUCUACAAAACACCUCACUACAAACUUCAUUAUGCAGUGUCACAUUUAUUCCUAUAUUUCCAAAAACAUCAUGUCCAUACAAAAAAUGUGGAGCUAGUGAAUUGAAUGGUAUUUUGUCCAGGUAGGGGUAUUUCAUAUCCAAAAGCUAGUGUUUAUAGACACUGGGGGAGAACCUGAGCUUUUGCCUUCCCCUUUAUAGCUUACUUUUAGUGGCCUUGCUCCUGUUCCUUGUUCACAGAAAGUUGACAAGAUUUUUAAUCUGUACAGUUUAUAAAUCAUGUAAAUAUACUGAACAAAAAUGA